AUGACGACCACUGGAGUAUGGGAUGCUGCAAAAGCAGGCUUCGAGAUGAAGCGCAAGUCCUCCUUCUCGCUGCUCGAUGCUGAAGCGCACCGUCCAGCGCCUAGCAGCCAAGAAGACGGCUCACGCAUGGAGAAGCUCCGGCAACUCAUGGACCACUACGAACCGAAUGAUCCCGAGUCGAUCCAGAGAUCUUUUGCUCGGCAUUUGGAGUACUCCUUGGCCAUCACGAGGUUCAAUUUCACCAUGCAGGAUGCCUACCGUGCGGCGGGUCUCGUGCUUCGUGAUCGGUUGCUGGAGAGCCUGAACGAUACCAAUGCCUACUACAGGGAGCAGGAUGUAAAAAGGGGAUAUUAUCUGUCCGCCGAGUACCUCAUCGGUCGUCAUAUGCAGAAUGCCAUUGCAAAUUUGGACCUGGAGCAGUCCUUCAAGGACGCCUUCGAAGAUUUGGGCAUGAAGCUCGAGGACUUGUUCGCGGAAGAAGCAGAUCCGGCCCUGGGCAAUGGAGGUUUGGGCCGUCUGGCCGCUUGCUUUCUGGACUCCAUGGCAACCCUGUCACUACCAUGCUGGGGAUAUGGCAUUCGCUACAGCUAUGGCAUGUUCAAGCAGGGCAUCAAGGACGGUCGGCAAGUUGAAGAGCCAGAUUUUUGGAUUGGUGACGGCUGCCCCUUUGAGAUUCCUCGGCCAGAUGUCACGUACCCUGUACGCUUCUAUGGCAAAGUAGAAGAGGCCUACGAGAACGGCAAGAACAUCUCAAGGUGGGUUGGUGGCGAGAUUGUGCAAGCAAUGGCCUACGACAACCCCAUUCCGGGUUUUGACACGUACAACACCAACAAUUUGCGGCUUUGGCGGGCGCUGCCCAGCCAGGAGUUUGACUUGGACGCCUUCAGCAGUGCGCACUUCCAAGAUGCAAUCACCCAACGCCGCAAAGCAGAAGAUCUAUCUGCAGUGCUCUACCCCAACGAUGCCACAUACGAGGGCAAGGAACUUCGUCUUCGGCAGCAGUACUUCUUCGUGAGUGCUUCCUUGCAGGAUUUGCUGCGUGAGUUCAUCAAGCGGCCCAACUACAAGUGGGAAGAUCUUCCCGAAAAGGUCGCAGUACAAAUGAAUGAUACGCAUCCCACAAUUGCUGUGGCAGAGAUGAUGCGACUGUUGGUCGAUGUUCAGCAGCUGCAGUGGGAUCGAGCAUGGGAGCUCACAAGGAAGUGCUUAAAUUACACCAACCACACCGUCAUGCCAGAGGCUUUGGAGAAAUGGCCGGUGGAGAUGAUGGAGCGAAUGCUGCCGCGACAUUUGCAGAUCAUCUACCAAAUCAACGGAAUUUGGAUUCAGAAGCUCCUGCAAAGGUACGGUGACGGGCCACUUAUUGCGGCCUUGAGCAUUGUUGAGGAAGGGGAUGUCAAGAAGAUUCGAAUGGGCCACCUCGCCAUCAUCGGUGCCAACAAGAUUAACGGAGUUGCUGCCAUCCACACCGAGAUCAUCAAAAAGGAAACCUUUCCAGAGUACUACAAGUGGUGCUGCGACAACGGGGAGCAGAACAAGAUUGUGAACAUGACCAACGGUGUGACACCACGACGUUGGAUUCACUGCGCAAACCCUGCUCUCAGCGAAAUCUUUACCAAAUACCUCGGAUCGCAGGAGUGGCUGACCGACAUGAACAAGCUGAAGGACAUGCUGGCUUACAAGGAGGAUAGCAAGCUUCACGAGGAGUGGAUGGCAAUGAAGCGGGGUUGCAAGGAAAAGCUGGCUGACUGGCUGAAAUCAAAGAUGAACCUGGAAAUUGAUCAAGAUGCCUUGAUUGACAUUCAGAUUAAGAGGAUCCACGAGUACAAAAGGCAAUUGAUGAACAUCCUUUUCGUCAUCCACCGCUACAUGGAGCUGAAGAAGAAGUCCCCCAGUGAGCGGGCAGCGUUCCAGAAGCGUGUGGUGCUCAUCGGGGGCAAGGCCGCCUCGGCUUACGUGAAUGCCAAGAUCAUCAUCAAGCUCAUCAACAACGUGGCAAAGGUGAUCAACGAAGAUCCGGAUACAAAGCAGUAUCUCAAGUGUGCCUUCGUGCCAAACUACUGCGUCUCGGCAGCGCAAGUGAUGAUUCCUGCAUCCGACAUAUCUGAGCACAUCUCCACCGCCGGAACGGAAGCCUCAGGCACCUCAAAUAUGAAGUUCGUGAUGAACGGCGGCCUGAUUGUCGGAACCAUGGAUGGUGCAAACAUCGAGAUCAGAGAGGAAUGCGGUCAUGACACGAUGUUUAUUUUUGGAUGCCAGGAGCAUGAGGUGGCAGGCAUUUCAGCCAGAGCACAGGAAGGUCACUACCCAAUCGAUGGCCGCUUGCAGGCAGUCUUUGACGAAAUCCGAAGCGGCAAGUUUGCGGGCCAGGCCGAGCCAGAGGCGCAGGGCGAGUUCGAGAGCAUCAUCAAUCGCUUGUGCAACAUCCGCGCAGCAGGGACUUGGGAUGGAGAUAAGCAGCUCGUGCAGCAAACAAAGAGUCGCAUUCCAGUUGACAUCUUUGCUCAUCAUUCACGCACACUGUGUGCUUGUGUUGAUCUUCCGGCUUGGUUGCGCUAG